AUGCAACUGCUGGCCUUCGUCAGGCUGCACGCAGUGCACGAGGAGUCGCCGACAGGCGUGCCGCAACCAAUACCUGAAGCGGGACUGGAAGCUGUGCUCAAUGAGGGCAAGAGCGAUGUGAACAAGAAGUACAAGCUGGGGGUGUGCGGCCACUUCAUGCUGAUCUUCUUGGAUGAAGCUGGGAGCAAGCGGCAGCUGGACAAGGUCGACUUGAUCGGGCUGGAGAUCUUCACUAAGACGGCUGAGGGCUCCUUGCCUCUGCUGGGCCUGCGCUCACUGCGUAGAGAGGAGCCCAUGGUCGUUCCCAAGCCGGCGGGCCCCGCUCCCACGGCAAAGGCCCCCGCCAAGGGCCGAACUGUCUCCACACCGCCAAGCGACUUUGGAUGGCUGCUUGUAGCAGAAGCGGGAGAGGAGUGCAUGCGGCGCACGGUCGAUCUGUUGGCCGGCGCCGGUGGUGUGCGUACCGACUUGGAAAAUGCGUAUCAGAUGGAUGAUGGCGUGGUAGGAACAGGCAGUUUUGGAGUUGUCCGUCGGGCAAAAGUUCGACUCGCAAAAGGUGAGCACAAGGAGAAGCAGGACCUAGUGGCAAAAUGUAUCGAUCCUGCCAGCAUGCGUGAGUUUGAUGGCGGGAGCUGUGGUGGAGUUCCCACCCUGCUGCGGUCGGAGCUUUCCUUUAUGCUGACCGCCAAGGGGCAUCCGAACAUCUUGAACCUCCAUUCGGUGUUCCGACAACCUACCAGUGGUCAAUGGGUUCUCAUCCUGGAUUAUUGCGCUGGUGGGGAUGCCUUCACUCAUAUCUCGAAAACUGGUGUUCAGCCAGAGGCCACGUGCAAGACAAUGCUGGAGGGCCUUCUUCUCGCAUGUGGCCAUUUGCACUGGCUGGACAUCCUGCACCGGGACGUGAAGCCGGAGAACUUGCUCCUCCAGACAGGGGGGCGGCCGAUGUUGGCCGACUUUGGGCUGGCAUGCAAGGCCAGUGACAGCGAGGAAACUCGCAAGCGUGUUGGUUCGCCUGGUUACAUUCCUCCAGAGGUGCUGCAGGGCGGUCGCUGUACGGCAAAGGCCGAUGUUUUUGCUGCUGGGGCGACUCUUCACUUUGCCAUCUCCGGCAGUGCCCCCUUUGUGGGCAAGGACAUGGCAGCGACCUUGCACAAGACAGUGACGGAGAAGAUAUCCUAUGAUGGCGACCUGUACAGUAAGCUGAGUCCAGCGUGCAAGAAGUUUGCGCUCCUUUUGUUGUCAAAAACAACAGCGGAGCGCCCGUCAGCUGGAGAGGCUCUAAAUCACGAGUUUUUCAAGGGCAAGGCGGCGGCGGCACCCGGAGGGAAGCCGCCCACGAACAAGCCUGCAGAGGCCGCGAGCAGCGCUGCUCCCGCUCCGCCUCCCUCAAGGGGAGGCAAGCGAGGAGCAACCCACAAGUUCCCGGUGUCCGACGGUGCCGUCACGAGGCGGCCGUCCGAAGGCAGCGAGGCCACGAUGUCAAUGCCUUUGGAUAGUGCUCGUCCGACGUCUCGACGUGGGGGCCGUCCAGGAGCGCGUUCCAGAGAUUUGAGGUGA